UACAAUUGCCGUUUACCCCCUCCCCUAUCUGCUUCGAUCUACACGGCCGCCAUUCCUGCAACUCAUCUUCCAUAGCUUUCGCCUUCGUAUCCUCUAUCGUAUACACACAUACAUGUAUGUAUUCAUACAUUUCUUUUCUGUUUAGGAUUUGUAUAAAUUUCUGAAAUCCCCUUUUCGAAGUGGAUGAAUUAUCUGUAGUAUUGAAUGGCUAAACCACCCCCAUCUUUUUUCACCUACAUAUUUCUUCGUCAAAACCCUAGCCCCAACCCCACAAUCCUGAAUCGCAGUCUAAGCAUUUUAGGAACUAAUGCGGGUAGCGAAGGGUCUGUCUCAUUGAAUUCGGAUAAUGUUAGUGAGAUAUCAAAAGAUGUUUCGAGAAUAAUACGUACACGGCCGAGAUGGGAGCAGAGUUUGUUUUCCGAGUUCCCAAGUGUGAACUUUGCUGAUCCUAAUUUGUACUGUGAGGUUCUGAAGCGACAAACGAAUGUGAUGGUGGCGCUUCGGUUUUAUCGUUGGGUUAGUUCUCAGAAUGGAUUCUUGCCUGACCCGGUUUCCUCUGAUGUGGUUUUUAGUGGGCUUGUGAAAGCCAAGGCUGGAAGCCUGGCAAAAAGUUUUCUUGAGAGCACAAAGUAUGCUCCAGAGCCUAGUAGUUUGGAGGGGUAUAUUGAGUGUCUUUGUGAUAAUGGGUUGAUUGAGGAAGCCCUAAUGGUGUUUGAUGAAUUGAAGGGAGUUGGUCACUGUCCAUCACUGAAUGCUUGGAAUUCAGCCCUAUCUGGUUCGGUAAAAGCUGGGAAAACUGAUGCUGUUUGGAAACUGUAUGAGGAUAUGAUGGGUUGUGGAGUUGCAGGCGACGUGGAUACAGUUGGGUAUUUAAUCUAUGCAUUUUGUUUGGAUAGGAAUUAUUCAAAAGGUUAUGAGCUUCUGCAGCAAUUGUUGGAAGGUGGGCAUGUCCCUAGUAAUAUUGUGUUAAACAGAUUGAUUUAUGAGUCUUGCAAGAACAAUGAGUCCUUUAGAAUGACAGCUCUUCUCUUUGCCAUGAUUGCCAAAAAUUGUUCUCCAGAUAUAUACACUUAUCAAGAAGUUAUUCAUGGUGUGCGGGAUUGCAAGAAUAGAGACAAGCUUGAAGUUUUUCGAAUUUUUGAAUAUAUAAAGGACAGGGGAUAUGCUCCAGAUAGGGUUAUGUAUUCUACGGUAGUUCACAGUCUUGCCAAGAGCAAGAUGCUGGGCAAAGCUCAAAAGGUAUGGUCCGAGAUGAUAAAGAAGAGAUUUGUUCCAGAUGAGUAUGCUUAUAAUGCGCUGAUACACGGGUAUUUUAAAACGGGUAAUCUAAAGGAGGCAGAAAGGCUGCAUAAGGAAAUGCUUGAGAAAGGAUUCGUUGAUUCCACAGUAACCUUCAACAUCUUGAUUGGCGGGUAUUGUGCAAAUGGAAUGUUUAAGAGAGCAUACAGAUUGUUUGAACAUAUGGCAAGGAAAGGUGUUGUUCGUGAUGCAAUUACUUACAAUUCCCUAAUUCAGGGCUUUUGUGAGGGUGGAAAUGCUUCUUAUGGUCUAAAAAUAUUUUAUGAUCUUCUAGAGCAUGGAUUGCAGCCAUCAACUACCUUGUACAAGGCAUUAAUUGAGAGGCUUUGUGAGGAAGGGCGUGUUGAGGAAGCAAAAUGUUUUUUGAAGGAUAUGGUGGAUCAAGGUCUGGAACCUGCAAUGUGUAAUCACAAUUCUAUCAUAGUUGGGUUGACCAAACAAGGAAGAUUUUCCAAGGGGAUAGAAUGGCUGGGCACCAUGAUAAAGAGUAGGCUCAGACCACAAGGAAGGACUUUAGAGAGACUAAUUUAUUCCUUGUCUAGAGCAGAUAAGUGGGAUGAUGCUUUACUCAUUUUAACUUACAUGCAUAAAUUGGGGUUGCAGCCAUCAGGUACCUUGUACAAUGUUUUAGUUAAGAAACUUUUUGAGGAAGGGCGUGUUGAGGAAGCAAAGUGGUUUUUAAAGGAUAUGUUGGCUUGACAAAGCAAGGAAUUUUUUCCAAGGGGAGCGGUUGGCUACCACGAAAAAGGGUAGGCUCAAACCACAGGGUAGGACUUUGAGAGACUAAUUUAUUUGUUCUCCUAUCAUGAGCAGAUAAGCAGGGUGAUGCUUUACUCAUUUCAACUUGCAUGCAUAAGUUUUGUUGUGCAGUCGGUAAAUAUAUUCCCAUUUUCUUACAUAGCAAACUUUGUGAGGAUAAUUCCUAUGGUGCAUAGGCACAUCUUGAGAAGAUUCUCCUGUUAAGUAAUUUUUCUCUAUUUCUUUCUUGUGACUGAGCAGGAGCAAAGAAAAUUUGUCUAGAAUUGAAUUUUGACUCAUUGUAGCUAUUUGUUAACAAUGUUGUAUACUGGAUAGUUCAGUUCCAAUAAUUAGUCCUCUUUAUUUCUGGAUUAA